ACGAACGAACAAACACAGUAACAUAGAAACGCGUGUGAACGUGGCAAACAACAAAAUGUGGUCCAAAGUAUUCCUAGUAACGUUUCUGCUAGGGUUGACGUUGGCGGAGCAGAAGAACGCUACCGAGCAAUCGGUCGCUCCAGCCGCCGGUGCGAAGGAAAAGCGCCAGACGGAGCACGAGACCCGCUCGAUUCCCCUGUCACUAAUUGCCAACCGUCGUCAGCAGCAGGCAGCUCUUCACCAUCAGCAGCAGCAGGAGUACUAUCAGAGCGAGGAAGCGGCCGGUCCAUUCUACGGUGCCCAACCGAGCGGUGGUCAAGUGGCGCUGGCGUACAAAUCGGUGGCCGGGCAGAAAGCUGGAGCCUCGCAGGAGCAGCCGCAGUAUCAGGAGCUUCCUCCCGAGUACAUCAGCCUGCUGCAUCAGCUCGCUGAACACCAGCCAAAGGCAGCGGCGGUGAAGCAGGGUAAAGCGGUCUCGCAACAGUUCGAGCCACAAAGUCACGCUCAGCACUCGAAGCCGAACCAAGUGCAGUACAUCACCGAGGAGGAAUACGCGCAACUGUUGAAGCAAGCGCAACAACAGUCAGGACCUGCUGGGCCUCCGCCACCGCAGCAUCAGCACCAGCUUCAGCAGCCGCCGCAGCAGCACCACCAGCACCACCAGCACCAAGCACCGCCACAAGGUCUCCAGGCGUACGGAAGACCUUCGGCGCAUCCGGGAGCUCCCCACAAGUACCGUCCGUCGAUUCAGCUGCUGGAGACGGGUGAGGAUCAGCCGGGAGCGUACGGACAGCCGGACGGUGAGCAGUACCGUGUGCAGUACAAGAGCAUCCAACAGGCCGGUUCCGUGACGCCCGUCCCGAAACCAGUUAGCUCUUUUUCCUUCGAAAAGGAACUCGCUAAGCUGGUCGAAUCGAACCGCCCGAUCGCGUACCAUCAUCCGGCAUCGCCGCAUCAUCCCGGUCGCCACGAGGCUCAGCACGACGGACAACGGUACGGACCGACGCCCAGUCCGCAGUCGCACGAGUACACCUACGUUCAGGCCGGUGGACCGGCGCACGAUCAUGGUGCUCCGCCGCAGCAACCGAAGCAAUCGAUCAAGGCUCAGUACAUCGCUCCGUUCGCCCAAGGGUUGCCGCUGACGGGACCGAAAAUUAGCCCGGCACAUCUGCAAGUUGGACCGCAGCGAUUUGUAGACAGCCCUGCCCAGAAGUAUCAAUUCAUCGGUAAUCCGGAAGCGGGUUCGGCCAAGUCCCAUCACCACGCACAGCAGCUACACCAGCAGCAGCAGCAGCAGCAGCAUCAUCACCAUCAGGCACCGGCACAUCAGGGACAACAGUACCUGACAGAGGUUUCGCCAAAGCAGCUUCAGGGAACACCAUCCCCUAAAAUCCAAUACUACAUACCGAAGGAGAAGAAUGUCCAGGUGUACUACCAACAAGCCCAACAGCAGCAGCUACAACAACAGCAGCAACAACAGCAGCAGCACCAUCUUCAGCAGGCAUACGAGCAACACUCUCCGCAGCACCCGAUGAAGAUCGUCGAGGCACCCCAGCUCCAGAACGAGAAGCCCCAGAAGACGGUUCAGUCGCACCAUCGUUCGAAGCCGGCCGAACAACAGCAGCAGCAACAACAGCAUCGGUAUGCGGCCCGCGAGAAGCAACCGGAAGCGAGUCCCGUGUCAAGCGAUCCGCACGCUCCUUCGCGUUCGGCCAUUUUCGUUUCUCAGUCAACCGGCGUCAAUCAGGCAACGGCAGCCGCCACUCCGGCCCCCGCCGGAGCACACUACGGAGGGGAAAAGCAUGCGCACAAAAUCCCACCGAAGAUUGACCGCCCGCUGACGCAGGAGGAAUUCCAGGCCCUGGUCGAUGCGGGUUACUCCGUCGUCCCCGUGCCAGUGCCGGUCCCAGUGCCAAUUUCGCAGUACCAGCAACACCAGCAGCAGGCCGGAGGUCAUCCGGGAGCGGGUCGGGCAGGAGGUCCACAUCCAACUCCGGCCUCCUCGGCCGCACGACAGCAGGCGGCACAGGCGUCUCGCUAUCAUCUGCACCAGCUGGCGACGGCCGAAAAUAAUCCCAACCAGGUCGUCACUUACCUCCGUCCGCUGCAUCUGGAUCCUUUCUCUGCCGGUGUACGAGGACCACAUAAGGCUGCCCCUUGA